AUGGAGUUCUACUUGGAGAUUGACCCUGUCACCUUGAACCUGAUCAUCCUGGUGGCCAGCUACGUCAUCUUGCUCCUGGUGUUCCUCAUCUCCUGCGUGCUGUAUGACUGCCGGGGCAAGGACCCCAGUAAGGAGGAUGCUCCGGAUACCACCGUGGACGCCCAGCCUUCCAUCCAUUUGGUGGUAAUGCAGCAACGUGCUUCUGGCUCCCAUUGGCCAAGGGUGCCUGGCCUUCCCUUUAAGAAUCCUUCCAUGCUAGAGAAGAAAAGCACGGUGGUGUGA